GAUAAUUUUUCUGAAAAUUUUGAUGUAUCGUAAUCGAAAUUUGAACGAAAACUUCCUUAGUUAUUCUUCUUCAAAUACUAAGGAAUAAGGAUAAUAUUUAGCCAUAUUCAUAGAUCGUACUUAAUUCAAACUUAGUAUAUACUUCCUUAAGUGAAACAUUAGAAUUUUCAAUGGUAUCGUAUUCAUAGAAAAUUCUUACAAUUUUCUUAACAAAGUAAAUUUUGAGUAAAUACUUAGAAUAUAAUACUAAGUAAAUACUAAGAAUUUACUAACUAUUUUAUUUUCAUGAUAUCAUGGAGGAUGUACCGCUUAUCACUAUGAUAUGCUAUGUUAUCACUUUGAUAAUAUGAUAUUGUUUUUUUUUUUGGUACUAUAAAUUAAUUUAUAAUAGGUAGUCCGUUUUAUUUUCAAAUUUAAUUGAAGGUAUUCUUAUAGUAAGUAGAAUGACGGAAAAACUUAUUAAACGAAACCCGGUAUUCCAAGCAGAUGAAAUUAAUCUGCUGGACAGUUUAGUUUUUAAAUAUAAACAUGUAUUGGAAAAUAAACAAAAAGGAGCGGUACAAGUAGCCCAAAAAUCGAAGUAUUGGAAUAUUGUGGCAGAUGAAUUUAAUGCAGCUGCAUUAAACGUUUCACGUUCUGCUCUUAAUCUCAAAAAAUGUUGGGAGAACAGAAAAAAUAACAAAAAAGCUGAACUAUGUGCUGAAAAAAGAAAUAAAAAAAAGACUGGUGGAGGGCCAGAAGAAACUAUACCAACAAAUGAAGCCAUUGAUCAGUUUUUAACUACUAUAACUGAUAUAGAAGUGCAUGGCGUUGUAGAUUCGGAUUCCUUAAGAAAUAUGUCAUCAUCAACUCCAAAUAAUUUUGAGACUAUUUUACAAGGUAAUUAUACAAUUUAAUAUUAUAAACAGGCAAAGCACCCCUAAGUCUGCCUAUAUCAUAAAUCGAGGGGUAAACACCUUGGGGGUAAUCAGUGUACAAGGUGAUGGUAAUCAUAGGGGUAAUCAUGGGUAAUCAUAGGUAAUCUUUGUAGUGAAUCAUGGGUAAUCAUAGGUAUAAUCAUUGAAAUCAGUAAUCUGGUGUACAAAACUUCUGUCAGGUAUUUACCCCUCGAUUAGUUCUGAGUUAUCUAGAUAACAGUAUUUGUGGACAAAAAUAUAAAAAUAAACAUUUGUUUUAAAGAUAUUGUGUCACCUCUAAUUACUACCCACAGAUUUUUAUAUGGUACCCCCCCGCGUUUAAACUCUGUGCAUGCUAUUGCCUAUGAUUACAAGUAUGGUAAGUAUCAAGUAUUUUGUAUUGUAAUACAUUCUUAGAAUAACGUAUAACGUUUAUUUCAAAAAAAAUGUUUCAUUGAAAGAUAGGUAGGGGUGAGUGAGUGGGGCAGAUUUAAAUGAAAUUUACAUUUAAUUUUUUUAAUUUACUGACAAAUUAUGUACCUACCUAUUUGAUAAUUACAAUCUGUAGUCUAGAAUUCUAGAUGGUUGUGAAUACUGUUUGACUCAUAACAACCUCAUAUAUUAAAUAACCAAUUUAAUUUAUAAUAAUUAUAAAGUUAAGUAUAUUUUUAUUCUAAAGUUGGGGUACUUUUGAACU